AUUGCGCAGGAAAUUAUUAAGCGCAUAUGUUUCUUUAGACAUAUGCGUGAAAAUAUUGCUAGGCACAUUCAAAGUUCGUAGUCAGAGACGGUUUUUAUGCCAUAAACUCCCUUGGGGAAGCUUACCUCGGGGAACUACAUUACCCGGAAUGUUACGCUUGUAGAUAAAGAAUUAUGGUAUUUGUAGGAUUUUAAAUGCCGUUGUUGCAAGACUUAACGGCAGUGUCGUUCUCUAAAGGAACUACAAUUCCCAGUAAACACCUGAAGUAGGCUUUCGUAUGUUGGCUGUCAGGUUUGAUCUCGAUCUUGCUGUAGCGGUUAGAUUGUCAUGAUGGAGGGUGACAACAAACCAGUCUACGAGCAGAGGUUCAAUGCUGCUGUCAAAGUGAUCCAAAAUUUACCUUCAAACGGUUCAUUUCAGCCUUCCAAUGACAUGAUGCUGAAAUUUUAUAGCUUCUACAAGCAAGCAACACAAGGCCCCUGCAACAUUCCCCGUCCAGGAUUCUGGGACCCUGUUGGCAAAGCCAAAUGGGAUGCGUGGAAUUCUCUUGGGGAAAUGCCGAAGGAGGAGGCCAUGGCGGCCUAUGUGGAAGAUUUGAAACUGAUCCUGGAAAGUAUGCCUAUAACAAAUGAGGUCGAGGAGCUUCUGCUGGUCAUUGGGCCGUUCUAUGAGCUCGUUGAUGAAAAGAAGAAGAUAACGCAAGUGUCAGAUUUGAGCACAGGGUUUGGGAGCAUGCUAACAUCACCACCCAAAAGUGUCACAAAAAGCAUCAUUAGGACGAUGGAGAUGAACGGCAGCCUGGACAGUUACCCCAUCAAAAUAUCAGAAACUCCAAAGACUAAAUCAAUAGACAUGGAAGACGGAGACGAUGAUAAUGAGGAGGAGAAAGAUGAAGAAGAGGAGAUUAAAGAGAUGAAAAAAGCCUCACAACUGAAGAAAAGGGCUUCUGCAGGAAGACCUAAAGGACAGGUAUCUAAUGGGAGUAUCGGCCAACAUAAAGUCCUUGCCAAUGGAACACAUGGAUCUAAGUCUGAUCUGAACAGGCAGGAGUUGGAAGAAGACUCUGAAAGCUUUAACCACGAUAGAGAUGCCACGGAGCUUAAUGGACACAUCAAAGAAGACGUGUCCAGUUCUCACCAUGUGGCCAGUGAUUCGGACAGCGAGGUGUACUGUGACUCCGUCGACCAGUUUGGUGGAGAAGAGGGAUCUGAGCUACAUGUCAGCCACUCACUGGACGUAGCCGAGGAGAGCCACAGCACACUAUCCUCCACAGGAGAAAUCAGAUCACAAGAGGAACUGCUGGGACCGGAAGAAGGCAUACAGCAUGGCGGAGAAGACGGACGGGGCAGCAGAGGAGGUUCUCAGAGGCAGGGACUUCCAGCGAAUAGGAGUGACAGUUCUGUGGUCAGGAGGGGAAGAGGGUCCAGGUCACCUGCCUUUGGCUCCGGGUCAGCAGGGCCGCAGCAGGGCAGCGGGGGAGAUGGGGAACGCUGGGGGACGGAUGGAUCUGUAACACAGAAUCUAAAUGAACAGAUAAUCUGUGCUCUGGCCAGACUGCAGGAUGAUAUGCAGAGCGUGUUAGAGAGGCUACACACGCUGGAAGCUCUCACAGCCUCGCAGGCCCGAUCCUUAGCGCUGCCAUCAGACUAUCUGUCACCACCUGCAAAUAAAACGAAGAAGAAGCCGUCCUGGUGGCCUUUUGAUGUGUCUCCUGGAACUGUGGCCUUUGCUGUCAUCUGGCCGUUUGUGGUGCAGUGGCUCAUCCGUCUGUAUGUGCAGCGCAGGAGAAGAAGAAUCAACUGAAAGGAAUCGACUGAUGGUUCGACACCUCUGCAGACCCAGAGGAGAGCCGUGUUACGCAUUUAGGAGGAGGAGGAGGAUGUUUCUCAGCCUGUCCCGUGAUCUCUAACUCCUGCUUUUGCACUAUGAUUACAACUCUAAGAAUUAGCAAAUGGAAAGACAGAGUGAAUGUACGGCGAUGCAGCUUAUCACAAGCUUUUUUGUACUUUUUCUUUUUUUUAAUGUAACAACUUGCUAAGUCGGAAGUCCCCAAUUUCAAUAAUUAAAAGUAGAAUUUUCGUAGUAAUGAAAAUCCUGUUACUAGAACUCCAUUAUUAAGGGCAUUAUAAUAACUUUCCUGUCAAGAAUAUAUCAUUCACUGUUCUGUGCACACAGCUGCUAUCUGUCAUUAAUACUGUAGCAAAGUAGAAGAUGCACUGAUGAGUACAGCACAGAUGAUUUCUGCUUGAAUAUCUCUCUGAUUCUUGCCAUGUUUGACAGAAAAGAGCCCAUAUUUGGGGUUUGAACCGUAAUGGGAAUAAAUCAGGACUCCCCAAAUUGUUGGAGGUUGUAUGAGCAAGAUUUUUAAAUGUACAUAAAUAUCUAGACUUAGCGUUUGCUCAAAUGAGCUGUGGUGCUCUUUAAAGCCAUAAUGAAAAACCAUGCAUAUUAAACUGACCCUUUGCUUUGAAAAUCUGAGAAAAGUGUCAGAAGGCAAUAUAGAAAAUGACGUUCUUCAUCUGUUCAACAUCCUACCCUGAUGACUGCAAAGAUCUAACUGAUUUGGUACCCUCAAAAGUGUGUAGACACAAAGCCGCACAUCUUAAAAAUGUCUGAAUGUCACUGGCUUAAAGGAAUAGUUCACCCAAAAAUGUAAAUUUGCUUAAAAUUUACUGUCCCACAGGCCAUCCAAGAUAUCGAUACGUUUUUCUUAAUCAGAACCAAUUUAAAGAACUUUAGCAUUGCGUCACUUGCUUACAAAUUGAUCAUUUGCAGUGAAUGGGUGCCGUCAGAAUGAGAGUCCAAACAGCUGAUAAAAACAUCACAGUAAUCCACAAGCUGCAUGUUUGUAAUAAAUCUAUCCGGCUAAAAUACCUCUAUCAAUAAUAUUGCUUUCUCCAGUGAAGUCGUGUCGUCUGAAUCAGGAGGAUGUUUCUUACAAACGCGCAGCUUUUCAUUUCAAGAUGCUAAUUGAUGGACUGAAGCUGUGUGGAUUAUUGUGAUGUUUUUAUCAGCUGUUUGGACUCUCAUUCUGACGGCACCCAUUCACUGCAGAGAAUCCAUUGGUGAGCAAGUGAAGUAACGCUACCUUUCUCCAAAUCUGUUCUGAUGAAGAAACAAACUCUUUUAUAUCUUGAAUGGCCGGAGGGUGAAUACAUUUUCAGCAUUUGUUUUUUCGUUCUUUUUGGGUGAACUAUUCCUUUAAAUCCAGAAUAUCAAAGUAAGUGUCAUUUAUUUGAAAUAAAGACAAGCACACUUUUCAAGAAAAACAUUUCACAAAAAGAAGUGUAGUUUCCAAUAAUAAAGCGGUGGUUAAAUGAAUGAAGUUUAAGAGAAGAUGCAGUGACAUUCAAACAUUAGUAUGACUCAAGUGUGCAAAUACUUUUUUGGGUCCGCUGUAUUUUGUCAGUGCAUUUCUCAACACGAUUGCAUCGUUACUAAUGUUAAUUCAUGGCUAUGGUGAAUUAUUUGAAUAUUACUGUAAGGACUGUAUGCAUAAGAAGUUCAAAAUCUUUGUCAAUGUUUGCAGGAUAUAAUUGAGAUCGAAAACUACCCGGGUUGAACUGCAAAGCACUUUCGGUGAAUGUGAAGACAGUGACAGAUUCAGAGCUGAAAUAAAUAAUAUUUGUAAUGUUUAGAGCCCUGUGAUUAAUAUAAGGCUGAAAUGAUCUAAUGAAUCAUUAACAGUUUUUUGUUUUUUACAAAGUGUUUUGUUUCAUUGUAGUUUGUGUAAAUUAGUCAAUAAUGUUAAUAAUUCCUUUAAUAAUUGUAUAUUAGAUAUGUGCAAAAAUAUAUACUUGGAAAAAGUUCUAUUUUAAUUGUAUUAUACUGUAAUGUAGCAUUUGCAUAUAUUAUUAAUGUCUGUAAUACUAGGAAUCGUCUGUAGAGCAGGAGGUUCUUGAUUAAUGCUUUUGUUUAGACUAAACACAGUUCCUUUUAACCAUUGCAAAUUUUGCAUAAAUUUGCCUUCAGUGCAGAUGAUCAACGCAUGUUUCACCACUGUCACAAUACAUGUCAUUCAAUAUGUUAGACUAAAGCAUUAUUAAAAGCUUUUGAAAAUCGGA